CGACAAGCCGCCGCAAUAAUGCCUCGUUUGGGUCAGCGUGUCUUUGAUUCAUUUUUCCCUCGAUGUUGAAAAGAACCACUCAUUAGCCUUGAAGAGCGUUUUAUACAUUUCCUUAUUUCUGGUACCCAACUUCUCGUUCAGAUGAUAGUCUAGUUGUCACCUAACGAUCAGUUGUAUUAUUUGUUACUGCUUCCGCUUCGUGCUCUUCGCAAGCUUCUUUCCAAUAGUCGGGAUUUCUGGCCAUGGCACUUUGAUUUUCCAGUCGACCUAUGUCUAUUUAUGGCCUGUGCGACGUCAGCGAGACGAAUUCCCAGAAGGCUUUCCUACUGUGACUAUUUCAUAAUAUAGUGAAGGGGAGCCUCCCAAAAACAAGUCAGCCGUCAAUAUACCUGAGUAUCAAACUCCAAACCCCACAUUAGGAGCGAUUCGGGGUACCUCUACUGUGUCCGUAAAUCGUUCAUUACAACAUGAGUCUGGAUCGUCAGGAAUCGGUUCGUCACGAUGAGCCAAAGACUUCAAGGGACAAUACCCUGGCCAAAUUAACCCAGUUGCCGCCGACUUCAGCGCCGAUCAAGGAAGCGUCUUCGGGAAACAGCAGCAAACUCGUUAGUAAACUUGAGGGCAGAAUUUCGGAACCUGUCGUGGCAGCUUUCAUUGCUGGGGGUGUGGCAGGUGCAGUAUCCAGAACCAUCGUGUCGCCACUUGAGCGACUAAAAAUCCUGCUUCAAAUACAGAGUGUUGGCAGGGAAGAGUACAAGCUAUCUAUAUGGAAGGCUCUUGUGAAGAUCGGCAAAGAGGAAGGAUGGAGAGGGUUUAUGCGGGGCAAUGGUACCAAUUGCAUUCGGAUAAUCCCUUACUCUGCGGUUCAAUUCGGAAGUUAUAACUUUUACAAAAGGUUUGCAGAACCAAUUCCGGAUGCUGAGUUGUCACCAGUACGCCGGCUCAUUUGCGGAGGCGCUGCUGGAAUUACAUCAGUCACUAUAACUUAUCCUCUUGACAUUGUUCGGACACGUCUUUCUAUUCAAUCAGCGUCGUUCGCAGCGCUCAGUCAGCGCGAUGGCAACGGGAAGCUACCGGGCAUGUUCGGCACUAUGGUCUUAAUAUACAAGACCGAGGGUGGUAUAUUGGCGCUCUAUCGCGGAAUCAUUCCUACCGUGGCCGGCGUCGCCCCAUAUGUUGGUUUGAAUUUCAUGACAUACGAAUCGGUUCGAAAGUAUUUGACUCCCGAUGGUGACAAGACUCCUAGUUCACUGCGUAAGCUACUAGCGGGCGCUAUUUCAGGAGCAGUGGCUCAAACUUGUACUUAUCCAUUUGAUGUUCUACGGCGACGUUUCCAGAUCAAUACAAUGUCUGGAAUGGGUUAUCAGUAUGCAUCCGUCUGGGACGCCGUGAAAGUAAUUGUUGCAGAAGAGGGAACGCGUGGCCUUUUUAAAGGAAUCGUCCCCAAUCUUUUGAAAGUGGCACCGAGCAUGGCGAGUAGUUGGCUCAGUUUUGAGCUAACGAGGGACUUUCUUGUUCAGCUGAAUGACAAAUGAUAUCGCCAUGACUCGGAAGGGAUAUUUCGCCGAUCCCUAAGUUUCGCCUUCCUACAAUGGUGUCGUAGCUUGGAAGAUUACCACUUGAGCAUCGCUUUAUACAAGAUGGUCUCUAGAAGUGGGAACCAGUUGAUGGCUAUUUUAAGGAGCCUAUGCAAGGUCCUACGUUGCCUAACUUGAAGAUGAUAUAAAACUGCAAAAAAAUAGAGUUGUAAGUGAAUGAGUGAUGUGUGCUUUUAUUGAAGGUAGGGUUGGUUCUAUUAAUGCAGCGGAGCCCUCCUUCAAUUACUAUACUCCGUAGGCCCUUAGUUUCUGCCUUUCACAAACUUUAAUCCUGCUGCUAGUAUCUUACUGAGGUGGUGCCCUAAUACCUACUACUAGUGGAUUGUACUCAUCCAAUGGUACGCACCUCGGC